AUGCUGUUGGCUACAUGUAGUCUCUUCCCCAGGAGAGCCGCGCCUUUUUCCACCAGUUCUUUUGUUCGACUUGGAUUCGCUGCUAUUCCUGUCUCGACUCGGGGGCAAAGCGCUUUUUCUUCUCAUGCUCACUCGCUGACUACGACUAGGCACUUCGCAGCCCGGUCUGCUUUGGCAGAAGUAUCAAAUUCGGGAGAGUUCAAGCGAGUCGACGCCGCCUGGAGAAACUGGAUUAGUUCAGAUGAAGGAGCCAAGUUUCCACCAGAGAAAGAUCGAUACCAUUUGUUUGUCGCAUAUGCUUGCCCAUGGGCUCACAGGACUUUAAUGACAAGGGCUCUCAAGGGUCUAGAAGAUGCCAUUUCUGUGACAGUUGUUCAUCCAGUUUGGCAAAAGACAAAACCGGAGGUGGAUGAACAUAAAGGUUGGAUCUUUGGCAAUCCAAGCGGUAACAGCUUCCCAAACGCAGACGGCAAAGGUGGACCAUUUCCCCCAGCGUUCCCUGGCAAUGAACCGAAUCCUUUCUUUGAUUCAUUGAGUAUAAGAGAAGUUUAUGACAAGGCUGGUGAUACCGAUGGAAAGUAUUCCGUUCCAGUGUUGUGGGACAAGAAGGAAAAUACAAUUGUUUCAAACGAAUCAGCAGAAAUCAUCUUGAUGCUCAACAAAGAAUUCAAUGCAUUUGCCAAGCAUCCUGAUUUGGAUUUAGCCCCGACUGCAAUGGAAGAUGACAUGGAAGCUGUGGAUGAUUGGAUCUACCCAACAAUCAACAAUGGCGUCUACAAGUGUGGCUUUGCCACAUCACAGCAAGCUUAUGACGCUGCGAUUGAAGAGCUGACUGCAUCGAUUGAUCGCCUUGAGGAGAUUUUGAAAAAGCAGAGAUAUAUUGCAGGAGACAGCUUCACACUUUCUGAUAUCCGAUUGUUUGUUACAUUGGUUCGUUUUGACGAGGUCUAUGUGGUCUACUUCAAGACCAACUCCCAGCGAGUGAUGGAUUCCCCUGCCAUUCUGAACUAUUGCCGUGAGAUUUACCAAAUGCCAGGUGUUGCUGAGACUGUCGACAUGGAGCAAAUCAAGGCCCAUUACUACUGCAGUCACCCUAUUCUGAAUGCGUAUUCCAUCAUUCCAAAAGGUCCAGAUUUUGUGAAAUUGUUGGAGGAACCCCACAACCGUGACGAAAUGUGA